AUGCUCAAACCAUGCAACCUUCCCGGCUCCGAAAGGGGCGCCUCCAGAGAGCGGCCGAUCCCCGACCCACCCCGACCCACCCCGGCCGGCCAGCCAGCCCCCCUCGCCUCCCGGAGCGCACGCUGGGGCUCCCGGCGCCGGAGCCGCCCUCGCCCCGCCCGGGCUCUCUGCUCCGGCUCGGUGCCGCUCGCGUCGGCCGGCGAGGAGGGGACGGAGGCGGGGAGGAGCCCGGAGGAGGAGCCGGGGGGCCGGAGGCGUGGCGGGCGCGCGGAGCCGGUGGAGGCGGAGGCGCCUUGCCGGCCGGGGCAUGGGGCGGCGGCGGCGGCGGCAGCGCGGGGACUGAAGCCCGCCGGCAUGAUCCCGCCCGGCGGCGCGGCGGAGGGCAGCGGGGAGAAGGAGGAGGGCGGCCCCCAGACCCCCCAGCAGCCCGCCUCCCCCGCCAGCCAGGAGUCCAAGGUACCCACCCCCCCGCCCCCCUGGACGCGCUGGGCUUUCUGGGCUCGUGGGAAGGGGGUGACCCGCGGCGAGGAGGCGAGCGGCCCCUGCCCGGCUCUCGCCCGGGCGCUUGGUGGCUGCGGACGGGCGUCCGGCGGCGCGGCGCCGGCCGUCUUCGAUGGCUCGGGAGUUUGGGGAAGAACCUGGGAAGGGACCUAG